AUGACUGUGGACAUGAUCUCGGCCAGUGAAAGCGUACCUGCGAUCGGUAUUUCCAAUAUACCAAACCAGCGGUAUAAGAUAGUUAGUGAAAGGGGAGGCACGCUGACGAUGAUGGUUUGUGGUGAGAGUGGUCUCGGUAAGACAACGUUUGUGAACACGCUUUUCCAAACGACUUUGAAGCACAGUGAUGCGCAGCAACGUCGUCAUUUGCCUAUAAAACGCACUGUUGAAAUCGACAUUAUCCGUGCUGUAUUGGAAGAGAAAGAUUUCCAUUUGCGCGUGAACGUCAUUGAUACACCUGGUUUUGGUGACAACGUUAAUAAUAAUAAAUCUUGGCAGCCGAUUAUAGAUUUCAUUGAUGACCAGCAUGAUUCUUACAUGCGUCAGGAGCAGCAGCCGUACCGUGAUACCAAGUACGAUCUGAGGGUGCAUGCAGUUCUUUAUUUCAUCAGACCAACAGGUCAUGGGUUGAAGCCAUUGGAUAUCGAGACAAUGAAACGUAUUUCAACAAGAGCGAAUUUGAUUCCCGUGAUUGCGAAAGCCGACACACUAAGCUCUCAAGAAUUGACAGCUUUCAAAUUGAGGAUUAGACAAGUGAUUGAAGCUCAAGAGAUUCGAAUCUUCACGCCACCGCUAGAGAAGGAAGUGGGUGACUCCAAUCAAGACAUCGCAGCGGUUGAACAUGCAAGACAAUUAAUUGAAUCGAUGCCGUUCGCUAUUGUUGGAUCCGAGAAAAAAUAUGAUAAUGGACAGGGUAAACAAGUUCUUGGUAGAAAGUAUCCAUGGGGUUUAGUGGAAGUUGAGAAUGAUGCACAUUGUGACUUCCGCAAAUUGAGAAGUCUUUUACUGAGGACGAAUUUACUUGAUAUAGUUUUAACCACAGAGGAAAUCCACUACGAAACCUUCAGAAGAUUGAGACUUGAGGGUAAUCAGGAAAGCAAUGGUAAUGGCGAGCCAACAGUACCUUUAAGGGCACCAGCAAGAAAGUUAUCACAUAAUCCAAAGUAUAAAGAUGAGGAAAAUGCAUUAAAAAAAUACUUCACUGAUCAAGUUAAGGCUGAAGAACAAAGAUUUAGACAAUGGGAACAAAAUAUUGUUAAUGAAAGAAUUAGAUUGAAUGGUGAUCUAGAAGAGAUUCAAAAUAAGGUAAAAAAACUUGAAGAUCAAGUUAGAAAUCUGCAAUUGAAGAAACGUUAG